GCGCGUUGUGUGCGAAUAUUCUACAUUAAAGUUAGUUAAAAGUAAACCGCUGCGAUGGAAAGAGUUUUAAAACGCGUUGGUCUAUCGAAAAAAACACAGUCAGACAAAGUCGAAGAACAACAACAAACCACAGAAGACAACGUCAAAAAACGUCGUAAACGCCGCAGCAAAUCCCGUCGCCGAUCCACUCAGGAAAAAAGAAAAUCCAGAGGAUUAUUUAAUAUCGAUUGGGAAUCUGUAAAAGAUUGCAAAUCCUGCAAAUCGCGGGCCAUCACAAGGAGAUUUUGUAGCAAAAGAUGUGAUAACGAACUCUAUAGGUCUAAUAGCUUUAAAUUUGAAAGGUUCAUUAGGGGCCAAGAAGAAGUUACAACCCUUGGAAAAAAGGUGUCUUUAUGCGACGAUUAUAUACUGCCUAUAGAUCACCUCGAUAAAAUCAAAGCUUUAUCUGCAUCGGUUACAAAUUUUGUUGAAUCCAGUCCGAACGAUGAUAAGGUUAAAAUAUUAGAAACGUAUUCAAGUCCUCGCGACCAAAGGACCUUUAAUAACGAAGAAAAUGAAAGUAAAUGUUUUACAAGUCCAGAUAGAGAAUAUUCUCAGCCUUAUACAACAGAUGGUUCAUCAGAGCCUUCUUCAGAUGAAAUAUUCUUUGAGAACCCAGUAUCUUUAAUAAACCCUCUAGAAUUAACUUCGCCAAACAGUAUAAACGAAUGUGUCUUUCCACAACAGCAAUUAGAUGUACCAAAGUCCCCAGUAAAAGAGUUAAACCGCCAUCCUUCUCCGUACUACUACGGAGACUUAUUUAAGAACAAAACCGUUGAAUCGCCAGCGAAAAGCCAACAAUUCUCCAAGUGCAAUAAAAGUUUAAGUUUAGACAAACCGCUCGAAUCAUCAAAACCGCAAAAUCAAAAACGCAAAACGCUAACAAAAAAACAGCGAAAAAGCUCAAGCACCGACAACAUCAACCUAGAAAGAAUCCGAGCCAAAAGCCAAAAGUAUACAAACACAAAAAGUUCCAGCGUCGAUUCGCAAAGCUCCGCCGAGAACUGCAACAAUUCUAAAACACGGAAUAAUAAAGACUUUCGUUUAAUCAAAGAUGAGUUAGAUAACGACAUGACCAGGCAACGGCAUAUUUACGAAACUGCAUUCGAUUGCGCAAUCAGCAAGUCCGACGAUGAUCUCGAUGAAAUCGACAAAAUUUCCAACCAUCCAGUGCUUUUGCAAGCCAGCGAAUCCAAAUCGACCCUGGCAGCUAGCAAAUGCGAACGCACCCAAGAUAUCAUCACCGAUCUAUCACAAAAUCUACAGGACAUGCAUCUUCCGGCCGAAGUGUCAUCCAAACUCCCUGACAGCAGCUCCAUGCCUCUGCGAUGCUACACGCCGUCACCUCCGUCCACAGCACCCCUGCCGAACAAGUUCCACGGCAAGUUGUUGUCGAACAGCAUCAAAAGCGCCCCGAACCUGCCUUCGCAUCAAAAAUCCCGCAAGUCGUUGCACCAUUCCGCCAAAUCGCUGGGCAGCCGUUCAGCGAACGAGUCCAGCAAUGAAAUGCAAACGUCAAGCUCUCUGGGUUUGGACUUCGCCAGCACAAAUCAGUUUAUAGCUGAAUUCAAGGGCCGGCCGAGUCACUCCAAGGAUAACGUGCAGUUGAACAGAGUUUUCCAGAUUAAGGACAGGCCGCCGCGAAAAGAUUUUCGGCGUAAAGAUAAAAAAGACAAAAUCCAUCGGCAUAAAUAUUCUAGCACUGAAAGUAUAACCAGCAGUAGCUGCGGCAGCAUGGAAAGCAUUAAGAGCAGCACUAGUGAAGGUAAUAGAAGUACGUCUAGCUCUGAGAGUCGGCAAUCUUCCUCGCUGAGCUCUCACAGCUCUGAUUCAGGCCGAAACAGCAAGUAUUCAGUAUCGCAGAGUUCCAACUUUUUGACGCAUAACAAUAAGUUGCAUAUAUUAAGCCCCAUAUCAGAUAAAUCAUCCCAGGAACCGAUAUCAGAAACAUCCGAUAACAACCGUAACAACAACUCUGAAAAAUGUUCACCUGAAGACGUAAAUCUAACUCCACCGGAAGUAACAACAAAAAUAAAGCGUAGAGUCCCGCAAAAUCGGAAUCUGUUGAAUCUGGGCUUUCACACCGAAAUCCAGGGCUCCGAUAGCGGCAUUUCGAUACAAUCGCGUUUUGGGUUCAACUCGGAAUUGUCCGGAGCUCCGAGCCAGCAAGAUUUCUCAGAUUUACCGUUCGAUAUGCCCAAACUGCGCAGACGCAGGUUGUUAUCGCAGGACCCGUGCACUUCCAGCAGCGCCACCUCUGUGGAUUUAAGAGACUUGCCCUUCGACAUGCCUAAAUUACGUAGACGACUCAGAGUGCAAGACUCGGCCGCUUCGUCAAGCCAAAGCGUCGUGGAGACUGAAAGACCUGGAUCAUUUGCUCCAAAAUUAACUUUGAAUCUAAACGACAUGCCUGUUUGUCAGCGCUCAGGUUUAGGCUUGUCGCUAGGUUUGGGGUUGAAUUUUAACACCGCCAAGAAUCCUGCGAGCGAGAUUAUCAUUGAUAAAAGACCGCUGGAGAAACAGGGGUGGUUUCAUGGCUCUAUAGGCCGUCACGAGGCUGAAACGGUACUGAAAGACUUAAAGGAGGGGAGUUUUCUUGUGAGGAAUAGCGAAUCGUCUAAACACGAUUUUUCGCUAUCUUUAAAGAGUGCCAAAGGUUUUAUGCAUAUGAAAAUUCAAAAGGACGGUUCAGAUGGUUGUUUUGUAUUGGGUCAGUUUAGCCAGCCUUUCACAUCAGUUCCUGAAAUGAUCAAACAUUUUUCUCUAAAUCGUUUGCCGAUCAGAGGGGCCGAGCAUAUGUGUCUUCUGCAACCUGUAAUGGCCCAACUUUUGUGAUAAAUUAAAGUUAUUGAUAUUGGAAACCAUAAUAAUUAAACUAGGCAGAAUGGUAGACUAAGUCUUAUCAAUAGUAAUUUUAAAAAUGUAGACGAUAGAAAAUUUUCUAUUUAACAGUUGUUACAUAGUGUUAGAUUCAAAAUUAUGUAUUUAGUGUGUAUAUAUGUAAAUACAUUUUUACACAGAUAAAAAUUGAGACAAAACCUAUUGUAAAUACCCAAGUAUAUUUUUAUAAAUGUUAUAUUUCUCUGUAUGGGUAUAAAAUAAUGUACACUUGGCUUCCAUUUUUAGAAUAUCUCAUACAAUAAGUUCACUUUUAACCAGAAAUAUCCAUAAUAUUAAGGUUUUAAACUAAAUGGAUAAUUAUUGUGUUAUGGUUUUUAAUUUUGAGAAAAUUGUGUAAGGCAGAUAGGUCCUUCAAAAUUAUUAAAAUUUUAACAAUUAAUAAUGUUGUUUUAUUGUUUCCCUUUAAAUAAUGAACAAAUCUAUUAGGUACAAUUUUAUAUUAUUUAUUUAACUC